AUGGAGGUGUCCUACUGCUCUACUCUCCAGCUCCAGGAGAACUCUUUCCUGUUUGACUGUCAGUCACUCCUGGAGAACUCUUAUGAUCCUGUGGCCUAUGAUCCAGCUGCUGACCCCGGUUACUUCAGUGCAGGCAGCAGCCUUUCUCCCACCUCGUCUGUGGACUCCUUUUGCUUCUCCCCCACCUCCCUCCAGGCAGACGCCUCGGACCAUUUCAUCUUCAGCAGCCCCAAAGCACCUAGUCUUACCAGCGAGACAAAGACUCUGCCCUGCUCCAGAUCCUCCACAACCACCUCCACCACAAAGAAAUCAAGGUCCAGGUACCCGGGGAAGAAGCGCCAGACAGCAAGCGAGAGGGAGAAGCUGAGGAUGAGGGACCUGACCAAGGCUCUUCAUCACCUCAGGACAUACCUCCCACCCUCAGUGGCGCCUGCAGGACAGACCCUGACCAAGAUCGAGACCCUCCGCCUCACCAUCCGCUAUAUCUCCUACCUGUCAGCCCAGCUGGGCCUCAGCGAGGAGGUGCUGGAACAGCAGAGAUUCUCAGGUGUCAUAGAGCAGCCCCAAACCCUCAGCCAGUUCCUGGGUCAGCCAACAGCCAACUGUAACACCAUGAACACAGCCCAGCUGUCCUCUCUGCAGCACGCAUAUCAGGUUUCUAGCGGAGCUGGCUUCCCCAGCGAGCAGUACUGGAUGCCCCAGGAACAACUACAAAAUGUCACCUUCUCUGGCCAGUGCUGA